AUGGAGGUGACGGGCUACUUCGACGAGAAUUUCUAUCCUGCGUAUUACGAAGACACGGAAUAUCUGCGCCGCCUGAAGCUGUUGGGCUUCAAGUUGUCCAACGUUCCCGGGUUUGAAGCGAUGACAAUGCAGCAUUUCGGUGGUGGCUCCGUUCUCGCCGCACCGGGGUUCACGCCUGCGUCGCAGCUUCGCGAUGUCGUGCCCUUUAUUCGAGGCUCGACGUUCGUCAUCCACAAAGGAUUUCCAGAGAUCUACAUUAAUCAAAAAUACGACCUGGGUGGCGCUCCGUGGCUGAUCGAGGAUACGAAGGAGCCCUACCCUGGAAAGCGCUUUCCACUGGAUGCGUUCAUCCUGGAUGAGAAGCGCAACCGCGCUAUCUCAGAGCUGCUGCGUGUGGCGGUGUGGUACAAAAGCCUAUCUCCCGAGGAGGCUAUUUUGCUUCGUUCCCCCACUGCUUAUAUGCACGCACAUAAUGCGUCGUUGUACAGUAAGCUGAGGAAACCGGUGCUCAACGGUGUGCUCUAUUACCGCAACGGCAAUGCACUGCGAUUGCUACCUUCGCUUGCGUAG